GAACUGCUCACUCGGCCUUCAUCAGCUCCAACACCACCAGCCAUACAGAUAAGCGAGAAAUUCAGACGAUACCGCCAAGAUGGUGCUGGAGGCGACGAUGAUCGUCGUCGACAACAGCGAAAGCAGCAGAAACGGUGACUAUGUGCCAUCGCGAUGGGAGGCUCAAGUCGAUGCUGUCAACCUCAUCUUUCACUCCAAGACGCAAGCAAAUCCAGAAUCAUCAGUUGGACUGAUGAGCAUGGGUGGAAGCGGUCCCGAAGUCCUUACCACGCUCACAACCAAUCCCGGCAAGAUACUUGAUGGGCUGCACAGGACGAAGGUCAAGGGAGAGUCACAUCUGUACACGGGAAUCAUGAUUGCUUCACUCGCACUCAAGCAUCGCCAAAACAAAUCGCAACGGCAACGGAUAAUUGUAUUCACGUGCUCGCCGAUCGCCGACUCAUCCAGCACACUCACGAAGCUCGCCAAGCGAAUGAAGAAGAACAAUACUAGCAUCGACAUCAUCGCGUUUGGCGAUCUUACGGACGAGAACCUCGACAAGCUACGCGCAUUCAAUGAAGCUGUGAAGUCGAACGACGGAUCGCAUCUGGAGAUCAUACCUCCAGGCCCCAACCUUCUGUCAGACACUAUCGUCGCUUCACCGAUCCUCGCUGGUGAGGGUGGCGCGGCGGCCGCAAAUGGAGGAGGUGAUGCAGGCCAGGCAGGAGGCAAUGACUUCGAGUUUGGUGUUGACCCGAACCUGGAUCCUGAAUUGGCGCUUGUGCUGCGUAUGAGUAUGGAGGAGGAGAAAGAGCGGCAAGAGCGUGAGAAGAAGGCGAAGGAAGAGGCAGAAGGCAAGACAAACCUUGAGAGCGUAGCCGAGAAUACGGAAGGCGAGGCGAGUGAGAGCCAGCCGCUGCUGGGGAGCAAUGGAGAGCCGAGUGGGUCCGGCAGCUCUUCGAAAAAGGACGAUAAGAAGGACGACCAGGACAAUAUGGAUACAGCGUGA